AUGAGCGGCAGAGGUAAAACUGGCGGUAAGGCGAGAGCGAAGGCCAAGACUCGCUCAUCCAGAGCUGGACUGCAGUUCCCCGUCGGUCGUGUUCACAGACUUCUCCGUAAAGGCAACUAUGCUGAGCGUGUCGGUGCCGGUGCUCCCGUCUAUCUGGCCGCAGUGCUCGAGUAUCUGACCGCUGAGAUCCUGGAGUUGGCCGGAAACGCCGCUCGUGACAACAAGAAGACUCGCAUCAUUCCCCGUCAUCUGCAGCUGGCGGUGCGCAAUGACGAGGAGCUGAACAAACUUCUGGGCGGUGUGACCAUCGCUCAGGGCGGCGUGCUGCCCAACAUCCAGGCUGUGCUGUUGCCCAAGAAGACCGAGAAGCCCGCCAAGACCAAAUAAACCAACACAAGUUCAUUUAUUCACAAAGGCUCUUUUAAGAGCCACCCACU